CAAACUCUCCUCCCAGACAGAAUAGCACAGCCAGAUCCAAAACAAGAAGUGCGUCAGCUCUAUUGGAACUUACUGUCAAUAUGUCUGCCCCAGAUCAAGAUGUCACAGCUGACCCAGGAGCCCCAGACAGGGAGGGAGGACCAGCAGCCCCAGCAGCCCAGCCCCCAAACACCAGCAGCAACCUUCGUCUCCAACACACACAGGCUCAAGUGGAUGAGGUGGUGGAUAUCAUACGUGUAAAUUUGGACACUAUCAUGGACCGGGACAAGAAUCUGUCGAACCUGGACGACCGGGCUGAUGCAUUGCACAGUGGAGCUAAGAUGUUUGAGAGCAGUGCUGCCAAGCUGAAAAACAAGUACUGGUGGAAAAACUGUAAGAUGAUGAUCAUCAUGGGAGUUAUUGUGGUCCUCCUGAUUUGUGUUGCUAUUGUGUACUUCUACCACUGAGUGCAAGCAUGUGGAUUUCUACCAAAGGAGCAGAUUAUUAGAGCAGUUUUCACCGAAGCUCAUACCACCAUUCUUUUCUCCUAACUGAUGCCUUGAAUCCAAAUGUAGCAUGUGUGCCUCCACAUCUCUGUCAGAAUACCAACCUGUGUGGUUUGCAAGAGAGAGCUCUUACUGUUUAUUGCUUAUUCUUUUUCCUUUUAAGUGUUCUGAAACAGCCGAGGGUUCGAUUCCUGUCUCGGGGCAGUGUGUGAGGAGUUUGUAUGUUGUCCCGUGCUGGGUGGGUUUCCUCUCAGUACUGGAAUCAGGGGUAGCUUAGUGGUUAAGGCAUUGGACUACUGAUUGAAAAGUUCCAGGUUCAAAUCCCAGCACCACCAAGUUGCCACUAAGGGGCCCUUGAGCAAGGCCCCUAACCCUCAAAUGCUUAAAUGUAAAAAAUGAGACAAAAAAAUAUAAGUUGCUCUGGAUGAGGGUGCUCAAAUGUAAAAUUCCUCCCAAAGACAUAAAGAUUAUGAUAACUGAGGUUCCUGUAGUGUAAGUGAGCACUGUGAUGGAUUGGCACCCUGCCCCAUGCCCAAUGUCUCCUGGGAUA